GAGAAAGAGGAAUGAACGUAAGUGGUGGACAAAAGCAAAGAACUCAGUUGGCCUGAGCUAUUCAUAGUGAUUCAGACAUCUACCUGCUAGAUGACCCUUUCAGUGCUGUUGGUGCACAAACUGGAGCUCAUAUGUUCAAGAAAUGCUUAAUCCAACUUCUACAUGAAAAACCAGUUGUUUAUGCCACUCACCAGUUGGAAUUUUUAGAUUCUUCUGACCUCAUCCUGGUCUUGCAAAAAUGUCAUUUAGCUGAUAUUGUAAAGCAGGAUCUAAGGCUUCUUGAUGCACCAGUUGCAGAAGACGGAGAAAACUUGAGUGUGGAUCAAAGGCAGAUUGUGUGCCUAGGGUGUUGCUACAGAAAAGGAGAAUAUUGGUACUUGAUGAAGCUACUGCUUCCAUGGAUACAGAGACAGACAAUGUCAUUCAGAAAACUAUAAGAGAAGAAACAAAUGGAUGUACAGUCAUAACAGUUGCACAUCAGAUACCCACCGUCAUCGAUAAUUAUCUUGUUUUAGUUCUUGUUGAAGGAAAAAUUCUCGAGUUUGAUACUCUUAACCAGUUAUUGAAGAACAGUUCUUCUGCAUUUUCAAAUCUGGUGGCAGAAUUCUCACGAAGAUCAUCCAAGGGGUUAACCUAAAAGCAUGCACAUGUGAUAGUACAUCAGUUUAGAUCCUCUAAAAGGAAGGAACGACCAAUUCAAUCUGCCAAUGUUAAUGUGGCAUUGUAUAGUACAGAAUCACUAACUGACAUCAAGAAAUACAGCAAGUUGAGCAGCUACUUCAAAAAAGUACAUUUCUUAUAUCUGCCAACGGAAGGUGACAUGAAACCUGCAGGAUAUGUACAGUGUUUAUUCUUCAUCCCUAACUCAUAGUUCAUGUUCUUAAAGUAGCUAUUUUUAUGUUGAAAGUGUUUUCAAAUAGCAAUCCAUUGCGUCAGUAAUAAGACUUAGAGUAAAUGAAUUACUUCUUGAUUUUUGAAGGUUAUUUCUUGAUGUAACAAAUAACCUGAAUAGAGUUUUCUAUGGUUCAUCCUGACUGACCUUUAAAUUGUGUCUGAAUCUUGUUUAAAUAGUAAUUGAAGUGAA